AUGACCGGUCAUAAAUCCGAAAAAUUGUAUUUUCCUUGUAAUCCCUUCGAUGCAAGAUGUUCGUAUAGGCUUAGGUAUGUCAUUUUUAAACUUUUUUUAUUUUUUGGUGAUAACUUUUUUUUACAAAAUCAAAAAAUGGCAAAAACUUUCUUUAAAAAACAUAAAAUAACAAAAAUUUUCUUUACAAAACAAAAAAUGGCGAAAUUUCUUUACAAAACAAAAAACAGCAAGAACUUUAUUUACAAACCAAUUUCAAGCCUAAUUCUAUUCAUUUUCAGUGCUAAUCAAUCAACUUUGGACAAUUUGUUCACGAUCGCCUUUUACGUUAUCCUGGUGAUAACCGUCAUUUUUCUGAUGUUCUGUAUUUGGCUGAUCGUCGCUCUAAUAAGAACAAAGAAAAGCUUUCGAGAUCACAUUUGCCAGGUUACACCACUUGUAGAUAUUCAGCCGCUCCAAGUGCAUACACCCAGUUUAUCACACUCAUGGGAUAACGAGUAAGCACUUGAUAAUUAUUAGCCUUAGCCUUAGCCUUAGUCUUAGCCUUAGCAUUAGCCUUAGCCUUAGUCUUAGCCUUAGUCUUAGCCUUAGCCUUAGCCUUAGCCUUAGCUUUUAGCCUUAGCUUUUAGCCUUAGCCUUAGCCUUUACCUUGCCUCUUACUCUAAUUUACCGUGUCUUACCCUACUGGCUUUUACCUUAUCCUGCUCUACCUCACUCUGUCAAAUGGUUCUAGCCGUACAUCUUUCAAACUUUUCGUACUUUAGUUUUACUACGCUCUGCUUUUACCAUAUAACCCUACACAUUUUACUCAAUUUUUUGUGGUUUCAGACCCAUAAUUAACCUUAAUUUAAACUCAAAAUUUGAUUUUUGAACUAUUUAAUUUUAUUAGGGGUUUCUGUCGGGUUUUAUUACCUUUGCAGCUAACAAAUGGGUCCAAACCUUAACCUAAUUAUCGUUGGCAUAGAAAUUUAAUAUCCAAACUAUUUUUAUCUGCAACCGAAAAAUGUAAAAACUACUUCUGGCUUGCCGUGGAAACGAAAAGAUCUUUCUUUAGAAAACAAAAAUGGCAAGAACUUUAUUUACAAAACGAAAAUUGACAAUAACUUUCUUUACAAAACAAAAAAAAUUUUAUUUUUUUUAACUUUUAAUGCUUUUAAUAAUGAUUUUUCAGAGAACUGCUCGAAUACAAGCGCCAAAUGAGAGCGAAACAAGCCAAAACCAAGUCUCCGAUUCGGCCCAAAAUCGACAGUAACAGCACCGACAGCUAA